AUGGAAUUGGACGUGGGACGUCGGCAUAUCGGCAGUACCAUUCCAGAAGGAAAGCGGCGGGAUCACUCAAGCUACCGAAAACCUUUCGCCAAAGACUCGGCUUCCGCAGGUGUUGCCUCCUCCGGUCUCAAUGCCUACGGUAUUCCUUUCACCACUCUGAUUGUUCCCUCGACUGGUGUCAAUCUUCCUACUUUGAACACCACCACUGGAGGUAACUUCGGUGGUAUCGUUGUUGCCUCGCAAGUCAGCUACGAGUAUGGGUCCUCGUACGCUAGUGCAUUGACCACUGACCAGUGGAAUCAGCUCUAUGCUUACCAGCUGGAAUACGGCGUUCGCAUGGUUCAGUAUGAUGUCUUCCCCGGUCCCGAUUUUGGCGCCACAGAUGUGACUGGCUGCUGUAAUUCAGGUGUUGAGCAGUUGAUCUCUUUCACCGAUGUCAGUGACUUCCCUACCUCUGGUCUGCGAACCGGCGCUGGUGUCAGCACUGAGGGCCUGUGGCAUUAUCCUGCUACUAUCAGCAAUACCACUUCCACCAAGCAGAUUGCUGCCUUUGCCGCUAACGAUGUUGUUGAUACCGAAACUGUUGCUGCUGUCAUCAAUGACUUUGACGGUCGUCAGCAGAUGACCUUCUUCAUCUCAUUCGAUACCACUUGGAGUGCGACCUCGAACUACUUGCAACACGCUUGGAUUACCUGGAUUACCCACGGCUUGCACGCUGGAUACCGUCGUGUCAAUUUGAACACUCAGAUUGAUGAUAUGUUCCUUGAAACCGAUAUCUACUAUUCCGCCAGUGGAGCUGCUGAGACUUUCCGCAUUCGCACUCAAGAUAUGGAGGGUAUCAAGGAAUGGAUUCCCACUAUCCUCGCCAAAAUGAACCCCGGCAGUGUCUACUUCCCUGAGGUGGGCCACAACGGUAACGGAAACAUUGAAAACUCUUCCAACACCGAUGCUGGCUACACUGCCUGUAAUGGCGGUGCUAUUGAGUACGACUCUCCGCCGGACACCGCGCUUGAGUUCCAGAAACCUCUUGGUACCGGAACCAACCUGUGGCCUGCUAAACCGACCGUCUACGAUUGGACCGCCGCCUGCACCAAGAUGGAUCCCCUUCUGAACUGGUGGACUAUUGCUGAGAACCUGAACAGCUUCGGUGUCAUCUCCCACACUUUCACACACGAGGAGCAGGAUAACGCCACCUACUCCGAUAUUUACAAGGAAAUCAGCUUCAAUCAGGCUUGGAUCAAGCAGGUCGGACUCGACAAGGGUGCUUACUGGACCGACAAUGGUAUUAUUCCUCCCGCCAUCACUGGUCUGCACAAUGGCGACGCUCUCCGGGCCUGGUGGGACAACGGCAUCACCAACUGUGUUGGCGACAACACCCGUCCUGCGCUCCUGAAUACCGAGAACAUUCACUGGCCCUAUUGGACCGUGACUGCCACCGAUGGUUUCGAUGGUAUGCAGGUCAACCCCCGCUGGGCUACCCGAAUUUACUAUAACUGUGAUACUCCGGCUUGUACUCUGCAAGAGUGGAUUGCUACCUCCGCCGGCAGCGGUACCUUCGACGACCUCCUCGCCACCGAGAAGGCCGACACUAUGCGCCACCUCUUCGGUCUCUACCGCGAGGGCUACAUGUUCCACCAAGCCAACCUGCGGAACGCCGAUGUGGACAGUAUCACUAUUAAUGGAGUUUCCGCCAAGUACUCCAUUUUCCAGGCUUGGGUUGAGACUCAGGUCCAAGAAUUCGUCCGUCUCGCUAACUGGCCCCUCGUCACUCUCAAGCACGCUGACAUGUCCGCUGGCUUCCUGGCCCGUUACAACCGUGACAAGUGUGGCUAUACUCUCAAGUACACCACUGUUAAUUCCAAAAUCACUGGUGUCACUGUGGGCUCCAGCGACAACAACUGUGCUGAGCCUAUCCCUGUGACUUUCCCAGUUGCUCCCACCAGCACCCUGGGCUUUACUACCGAGCAGCUCGGUAACGACCCUCUGACCGUCUGGGUCAAGCUCUCUGGCUCACCUGUGACAUUCACUCUGUCCACACCCAUUGCUAUGGUCUAA